AUGUCUGCAAAACGUUUUAAAACAUUAUCUGGUUUUUUGACAAAUGUUUCGCCAGUAAAGGAAGGAAAAAAACAGCACAAUUGGGCUGAAGGGCACAUCCAAACAGGUGGUAGUACCGAAGAAAAGGUCUUAUUUUUCUUCGAAAAGCCGAAGGUAUCGAGUUCUCUUUAUGAAAAUGCAUUAUCGGCAUGCAAUAACAAAACAGCUGUUGCUGUCUCAGGUUUAUCCGAAGAUAAAGAUGGAAGUUUUUUAACAUGCCGAACGAGUGAAAUCAAACCUCGGCAGGUAACAUUUAAUCGACGUGAAAUGACUGAUACAAAAAUAGAUCUUGGAUCGGCUCUUACUACUGCACCUUCAUCUGAUGAUACGGUUACGAUUUCUGGUCGAGUAGUGAAACUCAAUCCAAUUACGUUCAUCAUGAAAUAUGAUAAUGUUACUCAUCAAAAGGUAAAGAAAACAUAUCGUACUGGUGUUGUUGCUGAUUUAACUGGUGCUGUUAUGGUGAUGCUUUGGGAAGAUAUUGCAAACGAUAUUCGUGAAGAUAGUUCGAUUACUUUGUGUAAUAUGCGUUCGACAAUUGAUGGUAAUGAGUUUUCAUAUUUUACUACUACUUUUCGAAGUGAAUUGAAAAAUUCACUUGAAUCAUGUGACGAUUACGAUGAAGAUGCUGCUGAAGCAUUACGUGUUCGACGUACAGGACUACGUGUACGUGUUUGUAUGGCAUCCUGUCCACAACCUGUACAUGGAGGCUAUGUACUCCAUUGGGUUGCAACACAAUCAGUUAGUGCUAAAUAA